CAUUACGCUUUUCCUGCUGGGUCUUGUAGUUCAUUCCGCUAUUUCUCUUUAUAGCGUCUUAUCGCUUUGGACUACACCUCCCAAAAUGCUCCGAGCAGCCAAUCAGGAGGUGCCACGUCAGGUUUAAAAUGGCGGCUUUAAAGCUAGAGUAAGAUAAGCGAAGAGAGUAAAUACGGGGGAAAGUGAGAGACGUACAUCUUGGCCAUGAGUACUGGGGCCCGGGGUAACUGGGUCUCUCCCAUCCGCAGAACUACAGGAAGGACUGUCUCUUGUGAAGGAGUAUCAGAGAGUACUGGGGCCCAGGGUAACUGGAUCUCACAGAACCACAGGAAGGACUGUCUCUUGUGAAGGAGUAUCAGAGAGUACUGGGGCCCAGGGUAACUGGAUCUCACAGAACCACAGGAAGGACUGUCUCUUGUGACGGAGUAUCAGACUGAUAGGGUAAGGAGUACUAACCAGUCCUCACUUAUCAACGGAACCAUCUCAGGGACCUCUCUAUUGUGAAUGAUCCCCACGCUACUGGGGGCCCGGGGCCCUGUAACUUUCCCAUCAGUACUAGUGCUUGGGGCUUAGAGAUCAUUCUACCAAUCUGACACGUUGGGGGCCUCUCUGUUGUGGCGAGACCUCUCGUUUGAAGGUUGACGAGACUCCACAGAAGAAGUAGAAGAGGCACCUGGUGCAAUCGGGGCUACGAUGGAGCAGCCAAGUGUGGAGAGUCUGCUGGAGCUACGCCGGUUCCCAAGAAAGCAACUCUCCCUCAUUCUUCUGCUCUUAUACUCUCCCCUCGGCCUCUGUCUCUUUCUUAUCCGCCUUUUCAUUGGUGCUCAUGUCUUCCUGGUCAGCUGCGUUCUGCCCGACUCUGUCUUUAGAAGGUUCCUGCUUCGGGUUAUGAGUUCGGUGCUGGGGGUCUAUGUCAGCCAUUCUGCGCUGCGGCCCCUGGAGCGGAGGGGGAAAAUCUUGAUCUGUAACCACAGAACUGACUUUGACCACAAUAUUAUAAGCCUAAUUGCCCCUUGCUGCUCACCAUCUCUUUCCUGUGCCCCAGGGUUCCUGUGCUGGGCCCGGGGCUUCUUGGAGUUGGGGGCCCUUGGAAGUCGCACCCAGUUAAUGGAGUCGCUGAAACAUUAUCUCUCCCAGCCUGGGGGUGGCCCCCUCCUGUUGUUCCCAGAGGAGGAGACAACCAGUGGGAGGACUGGGCUUCUUCACUUUAGCUCCUGGCCCUUCUCUCUCUCCGACUCUGUUCAGCCGCUCACUCUUACAGUGCAGAGACCUCUCAUUGCAGCGGCUGUCUCUGGCUGCUCCUGGGUAACUGAAUUGUUCUGGCUGCUGUUCAUCCCAUUCACAGUUUACCAAGUGAGGUGGCUCCCGCCUGUGACCCGACAUACCCGCGAGUCUGAUGAAGAAUUUGCAUUUCGUGUGCAGCAGAUGAUGGCUGGCUCGCUGGGAGUGGCUGCUACAAGACACACAGGAGCAGACAGGGCUGAGUACCUGAAAAGGAGACGGACUGAGCUGCCCCGUUCUGCCCCCAGAUCUGUGCCCCUCUCACCUACUCAGAUGCAGAUGGCACAGCAUGUGAAGGAGGUUCUUCCGCAGGUGCCCCUGUCAGCCAUUCACCGAGACCUUGGGCACACAGGAUGCAUCGAUACAACAAUCACCAAUUUCCUAGAGGGACGAGUGACUUUUCUACCUGAAGAAGAAACGCUUGGGGGCAAUGAGGCAACUGAACGGACUCCGAUAGACAGAAUCAGUAGGCCGCUUCCCAGAGGAUUUGCUAAGAGCCCUGAAGUUCGUCACCUGUCUCUGCAGGAGCGCAAGGAAGCUCUCUAUGAGUGUGCCCGGAGAAAGUACCUGGAGAAGUUUGGCUCCGUGGGCCGAGAGGAAGAGGAGAAAGGAGCACGGGGCUGAGCCAGCGUGGGGGCCAGUGUGACUGGGGCACCAGUGUGGGGGCCGCCGUGGGGCAUCGGCCGAGGACACUGACAGAGGGAGGGGCACAAUAAAUGCUCAGUCUGUGACUUUUUGAAGGGAAGAAAGAUCAAUGUUAUCACCAUUUGCUGCCGAUCUUUGUGUUUAUGUUCCUGGGUUUGACUGGACACAAAGGGGUUAAAUGUGUUCCUUGUACAGUUGGCGCCACCCAUCCAUGAUUGGGUGAAGGAGACUGGAGUUAGUGACAUUGGUGGUGGGGGUAGAGAGUGGCAAAUGAUGAGCAAGGCAUGCUGGGAGUCAGGGCAUGGGACGGCCCAAUAGGGGGUGGGACCAGGAUUCGGGUGCUUUGAGUCCAGUUCAUUUGCCUUUUACAAGGGGAAGUUAUACUGCAGAAAAUAUUGAUAUUGUUUUGUAUCUACUGCAAUUUCCCCCCUCAGAGACCCCAAAAGGUCAGCGGUUGCAAUGGAGUAAAUGCCUUUGGGGCCACGGGGGGGAGGGGCAGGAGGAGGAGAAGACUCUGAGGCAACUGACACCGGCUCUUCCCACUGCUAGAGAGACACGUUGGAGACUGGUACAUGGGACAGCACCUAAGGGAUAAAUAUGCCCCAAAUUACAAAGACACAGGGACAAAAGGGGCAUUAAACCAUUUUAGC